AAGACCAAAUUUGUUGUCGCAAUCAAACAAGUCCUAAGCCCUAAGCCCUAAGGCGGUUAUAAAUCCUACACUCUUUAACGGCGGAAGGGUGUUAAUCUUAUCGCUUAUCGUCUCGGCCCCCAAACCCUAAAAUAAUUAGGCCCCACAGAUAGCCUACAAAGCACAAAAAAUCAGCCCUCUCUGUCUUCUUCUCCCACAGAGCACUUCUGCAUUGCCCAUCUCCGGCGAAAACCCUUGCCGUAUUUUGGUACAUUGAUGACCAAUGAUGGCCUCUGCCUGCGUCAACAAUGUUACCCUGCCGCCAGACUCCUUCCCUCCAGCCCAGCAAUCUUCCUACGGUUUGCUCGGACCUAGCAUUUCACCCGCCCCAGCGGACGUCGUUGUGGCUAUUGCAUCGCCUUCCGCCGCUUCGACGAUGGAGCCUUCCAGGAGCUCUGUGGAUCUCAUUGAUUUCGAAUUCCGACUUGACGAUCCCGUCGCCAUGCUCCCUGCGGACGAGCUCUUCUCAGAUGGAAAGCUGGUGCCGCUCCACCUGGCAACGUUGCGUCCGUCGACCGGAGAGAUCCACUCCACGGAGCCGGAUGAAAAGCAGUGGUGCGGAGCGGAGGAGAUCGGAUCCAUUGACUUGGUUUUCUCCCCGAAAGCGCCGAGAUGCACGACGAGGUGGAGGGAGCUGCUCGGCUUCAAGAAACAGCAGAACGCAAAGACGUUAUCGGAUCAGUUGAAGACCGUCGGUUCGACAGUGGCUGCGAGUCCGCGAUCGAAUGAGCCAAUGCCGGGAGCGAAGAGCCCUAGCAGCAAAUUAUUCAAGCAUCUUCUCCUCCACCACUCCAAAUCCUCAAUCGAUCCAUCGCUCAGCCUCCCGCUUCUUCACGACAUCGAUCCUGAGGCGGUGGCAUCGUCCAUGUCCACUCGCCUUUCCCUUUCCUCUUCUUCUUCCUCUGGUCUUGAUCACGAGGACCUUCCCCGCCUUUCCCUAGACUCUGAUAGGAUCCAGAAUCCGCUUAGGGUUCGAAUCUCCAGACAUCGACCGGCUGUCUCUGACGAGCAUUUUCGGGCUAGGGUUAGCCGGAGCCCAGUCCGGCGGUCGACGGAGUCAGCCACGCCGGUUCCGACGCGUGGGGUUUCGGUCGAUAGUCCUCGGAUGGAUCCAUCCGGGAGGAUCAUCUUUCAAGGUCUAGAGCGGAGCUCGAGUAGCCCGGGAAGCUUCAAUGGCAGGUCGAGGGCUAAAUACCGUGGCAUGGAGAGAUCUUUCUCCGCGCACGUUAGGGUUCCUUCCGUGCUAAACGUCCCUGUUUGCUCCCUCCGGGGAUCUUCCAAACCUAUCUCCGUGUUCGGAUUUACACAUCUCUUCUCGCAUCCAAGGAAGGAGAGAGUAGCAUCGUCUUCUUCGAGGGCGGCGGUUGCAGUGGCGACGCGGGUUGCGAAAGCAGCCGGUGGCGGUAAGAAGAAGACCGAAACGGAGCGGGAAACGGAGCGCAUACGAGCGCGAAAAGAGCCCAGCGGAGUGUAAUAAAAAAAGUUAAAAUUACAUUUUGGUACAUCUAAAUCCCGAAAUUAUCCACUACUCUAUAAUUUUUUAGGUUUUGUUUUGCAAAUAUUUGUUUCAAUUUCGAAAAAGUUACUGAUGAA